CGAUUGUGAAGUACUCUCUUGGAGCAGUUGUGUCAACACAAAUGCUGGACUCUCAGCCAAUUAGCGUGCGGCCCGCAUGAUCGAUAAAAAAUCACCGGAGCUCCAGCGCCGUCAACCCUUCAAGAUCACCACCACCACUCAUUGCAAACCCCACCACUCUCCCCGACCGCUCUCUCCAUCGCCCGUCUCACACAAAAUGGUCGGUCCAACUGCGUCACUCUCCAACUUGAGCCGUGCGGACGGCUCGGCAUCCUUCAAAUGUCCGACUACUGGCUGCAGUGUGCUGGGCUCAGUCAAUGCCCCCAUUGAGCUCCCAGCUCGCCGUGAUGCCCUAAAACCCGAGGAAGCAACCGUCGAAGUUUUUGUCAAGCCUGGAAAUACCACUGCUGGAGUUGGUGAGCGCUAUGUGGAGGGCAUUCUGCGGACGAUGCUGCAAAAGGUGAUCCUCGGGCGCGAGCGUGGAUUUGCUCGGCGCGGCGUGGUCAUUACACUCGCAAUUAUCGGCGGUGAUGCGGUAGAGCGCGGCGAUUCGUACCUUACCCUCCUGCCGACCCUCCUUCAAACCGCCUUGCUCGCCUUGCUCUCCGCUGCCGUCCCCAUGUCCAUGACCUUUUCCACUGCACUGCUGGCUGUGACCAAAUCAGGUGACAUUAUCAGCGAUCCCUGUCCAGUCGAUGCAAAGACCGCCUCGUCCCUGCACGUGUUCGCCUUCUCCUCCAAGGGCCACCUUCUGCUCAACGAAAGCCAGGGUCGAUUCGAUUUUGACACCUGGGAGUUUGUCCGAGAGCGCGCAUACUCUACCUGCCGGGGCGCCAUUGUGGCUGGGUCUGACGGAGAUAUUGCAAUGGGCGAGGAGGGCGAGGAAGGUCGUGCUAAUGGCUUCAUCCGCGAGACUGUGGAGGACCAUCUGCACCGUGACUACGCCUGGAAGAUUGACUCUGCUUGAACAUAAAGAGUUUAAUUAUCGCGCGAAGAGGAUAUACAGCUCGGACGACCACAGAUAUUGGAUUAUGGUCCGCAGCUGGCUGGGCAGCCCGUCAUCCGUCCUCUGCUUACUCUGCCCAAGCCUUGAACUUCCCCCGCAAGUCCAUCGAUCGGAUGUGGGCGCCGAGGCUGGGGUGACUUGGGUGGCUGCCCGUCACGCUCAGUCAAUGCUACUAUCGCCUGACUAUCACUGCAUGUACGAGGACUUUUACGGGCAUCGAGAUCAGCCUUGCAUUCAUGGUUGUUCUACUUCAUUCGCUGUGCCUAGGUGGACAUAGGAGGCUCGGCUGACCCCCUGAUCGAGCAAUCAAUCUUACUCAAGUAGCACACGAGAAAGUGAGGAUCUGCGACCCCGAUGUCAAUAGGCGACAGGAUUAUGGAGACCGAGCUAGGGCUCCGAUCAGGAAGCGGUUCUCAAGCCCUCCGUCCCUGCUCGCGGCUGCACUGUACCAAUGGGGUGGACACGGAGUCGCCCACACGGGGCCAUGCUUAGGUAGAAAAUAGUAAUGAGACCCAACUAUUGAAAUAGACCUACUCCUCUUCCUGCUUCCUGGUUAGCGCAAUUGCGCUGUGUGAGAUUAGAUCAUUG